AUGGAGCAAGAUCCAAUUGCGUCGGCUUCGAUAUCGGACGCGCACUCCUUGCAAAUAUACAAUUCACCAAUAUCAGAAGAACUAGCUUUUAAUCUUUCUGUCAAGCAUUUGGUCGAGAUUGGCUAUCCAGAGGAAGUCCAGAAACUCAAAUAUAAGACCAAAUUUGUGGUGCGGAAUGCGUGGUUCGACAAAAGAUUCGGAAAUCUUCUGAAGACCGACGAGCACUGCAACAUUUUAACCGCAUUUCACGGCCUAAAGAAGUUAGACAAGUCGAAGAAAACAGGAGGAUGGCGAACCUUACUUAUUGUGCCAGAACUGGAUCGAGAGUUGGAGGUGGAUUUGAUUGCUCCAGAUUCAUUA